AUGCCCCUUCAUAUUGGCCCCCCAGCCCCAGAUGCGUCUGCCAGUAGGAGAAUCAAUUUGCAUGUAACUGAAGCGGACCUAGGAGGCGCUGCUCUUUACAUGUCAGUGGGCAGAGAGAGCUCUCAAAUUAAUGGCAACCGCAUUCUGCUAGAGCUUAAGCUGGAUUUCAGCAAAACAGCCUCAUCUCAAACUACCUUAUAUCAGAGCUCUAAUAUACACGAAACUGACUCUUGA